AUGGGGAAGAGAAGGGGAGCGGCGAUUGGGGCGGGUGCCCUGGGCACCAUGACGGCUGUGGCCGCGCUGGUGCAGCAGUCUUUGCUGCUGCUGCUGCUGUGCGUUGGUGGGGUUGUUGUUUAUGGCAUUUGGUUUUGGCUAAGAGUGUUUCGCUGCAGCAGCGCUGCAUCGGCCCUGCAGCAGCAGCAGCAGCAGCAGCGGCGGGCUUUGCGCAGCAGCAGCAGCAGAAGCAAGAGCAAGCGCCCACCAAAGUCCGACGACGUCUCCCCGAGAGGUGCAGCAGCCGGCGCUGCUCCUGCUGCUGCUGCUGCUGCUGCAGCAAGCACUACAGCAGCGGACGAGGACGAGUGUCCUGCUGCUGCUGCGGAGGCGCCCCGCCGGCGGCCGCGAAGCAGCCGCAGCGGCAGCAGCAGCAAAAGCUUCUCAACAGCCGACAGCGAGGGCUCGGAGGGCUCGCGAGACAGCAGCAGCAGCAGCAGCAGCAGCAGAAGCGCGGAGGGCUACCGGUGGCUGGAGGGCGACGCAGAAGGCGCCUACGACUCCGCAGACGAAGCAGACUCCGAAGCAGAACAAGACAGUUUGCUGCCAGCAGCAGCGCAGCGGCAGCGCCUCCCCAGACGCAUGAGCUUCUCUUCUUUCAAUCUUGCUGCUGGCUGUUUCCCCGCAGAAGCCGAAGUGCAGCACCACAUUGUUUCCGCGUGUAUGUACACCCCGACGCUGCCAGACACCCAAAGCCUUCUUCGCCUCCUCGACAGGCUUGCCGGCUUCCACAGAUUCAGGCAAGGCUGCCCCUGCUGCUGCUGCUGCUGCUGCUGCUUCUGGCGCUGCUGCUGCUGCUGCUGCUGCUGUUGCAGCGUGCCCAUCUUGAACGCGCUCUACCCCCGGUGGCAGCAGGUGUCUGUACAGCCCGCGGCCCACCUGCGGCGGCUGCUGCUGCGCGACAGCAAAGAGCUGCACUUGUGUAUAGAGUGGGUGAUGAGUCAGCCGUGCGACAGCAGCAGGCCUCGCUGGCAGCUGUGGCUGCUGCGCAACGCCGCAGCGCAGCAGCAGCAGCAGCAGCAGCAGCAGGGGGAGGAGGUGUGGGACUCGAGGCAGCACAGGACUGAGGAAGAGCGGCGAGGAGUAGAUCUGAGGGAUGGGCUCAAAGAGCUGCCGAGACACUGCAUCAUUCUGCGCGCCGAUCACUGCAUUGGGGAUGGGGUCUCCCUCAUUGAAGUGGGCCUGCGGCUGCUGACAGACUCCCAGGGAAUUCCUCUGAAUGAGUGGCCUGACCCUCCGGUUUUGAAAGGUCCUGCAACAGCAGCAGAUGAACAUUUGUGUCUCUUGCCGACGCCGACGGCUCAUUUGCUGCGUUGGACGAAGCUGCUGCUGCGGGCCCCGCGACGGCUGGCGAGCGCAGUGUGGGGCUGCGUGCUGCUGCUGCUGGGCUCUUUUCGUGCAUUUGCUGCUGCUCUUUUAAUUGCGCGAGAUGCAUGCACUCCGCUGACGGGCACAGCAGCACAAAGAGAUAAGCUGCGGUGGGCUGGGCAGCAGCAGAUUGCUUCCGCUGCUCCCCUGAGUCUGGAGUUUGUAAGGGAAAUAAAAAAGGCAGCACGCGCAACCCUCAAUGACAUUUUCGUUGCGGCUUUCACAGGCGCUGUCAGGCGGUACUGCGAGCUUCAGGGAGACUUCCAGUUUUCGCAGCCGCCGGCAGCAAAUCUGCCAAGGGUGCUGUUGGCGUGUGCCUUCUACAGGCGCACUCGGGAAUUGCCAGACUGGUCUCAGUUGCUCCUGCGCAACAGAUUUGCUCUGACCUCUUUGGAGCUGCCCGCCGACAGCAGCGACCCGAGGGAAAGGCUUGGUAGAGUCAAAAAGGCCACUCUUCGUCUGAAGCGUUGUCGGCAAGCUGCUGCCGACUUUUUAACUCAGCGGGUAGUGGGCCAUUUGAUGCCGCGGCAGUUUAUCUGCAAAGCAGCAGAAGGCCUCUUCAGCAGGCACAGCGUUGUCUUCUCCAACCUGCCCGCUUACACAGCCCCUGUUUACUUCUGCGGCUGUGAGAUAACGGAGGUGCAGGUCGUGUACCCGAAUUUGAUUCCCCAGGUGGAGGUCGUGUCUUACGCUGGUCGUGUCUUUUUCUCAAUUGUUUUCGAUCCGUCAAUUGUUAAAGAGGGACACAAAUUACCAAAUCUGUUUGUCGAGGAGCUUUUCCGCCUAGCGGACGCCUUCGGCAUAGCCAGGCCCACUCAGCAGCAGCAGCAGCAGCAGCAAGAGAGCUGCGCAAGCUGA